GAAAAAAUAGAGCGGAGCCGAAAAAGUCCGACAAAUGAGUGUUUACGGCGGAGGAGGACGGAGGCAGCGGGGCAGCGCAGCGGGCUUCUGGUCGGUGGACAGCCGGUGAAACACGGACUAAUAUCGGUGAGGAUUAUCUCCAGGCGGCGGGAGGAGCAGCGGCGACUCUCCGGAUUAACACACUCGCUGGAAAAGGGAAAACAGGCGACGCUCGGAGGACGUUCCUCGGUCCGGGAGGAUGAGCUGACCGCCAGGGAGCCGAGCGAAAGUGUUUGCGGUCGAAGUUGGACGCGCAGGAGGGAAGCGACUCCACCGGGCCUGGACGGAUUUUACAUGUCGGAGGGUAAACUUGGCUGUCGGUGCCGUUUUAAAGCGGCGUUAUAGGAGCGAAUUACAAGAAACCGUCCGCCGUCGCUCCGUCCGUGUCGACCCCCGAAGCGAGUCCGCUCACCGGGAACUAACGCGAAGCAGCCCGGUCUCUUGUGCCGAUGCCAACGGCAGACUGCAGGUUGCUCCAUCAUGGCCGGAUCAUGAGGUGUCUCACGUACCUCCUGCUACUUCCAGAAACCCUGAAAAAGUCCAAGAAGCUGCCGGGCAGGCUGCCGGUCUGUUAUGAGAUCCUGACUCUGUCCCUGUCGAGCAAGAAGAAGCAGCAGCAGAAGGAGAAGAUGGCUGCGGAGCUGUACCCCGCCAACACCAACAACACCAACCUGGCCAACGGCACCACGGUGGCGGACACCGAGAAGACCAAGGAGGCGCCGGUGUGUCAGGCCAGCAGCAGCAGCAGCAGCUCGGCGACCACCCCGACCACCCAGCAGAACAUCAACAACAACAACGUAGACCCACCCAGCUGGCAGUGCAGCCACCCCACACUCAGAGAGAGGAACGCCUUGAUGUUCAACAACGAGCUGAUGGCUGACGUCCACUUCAUCGUCGGGCCUUUGGGGGGAUCGCAGAAGGUGCCGGCGCACAAGUAUGUGCUGGCCGUGGGAAGCUCCGUCUUCUGUGCCAUGUUUUACGGCGAUCUGGCGGAGGAGGAGUCCGAGAUCCAUAUCCCAGAUGUGGAACCUGCUGCUUUUCUAAUUCUGCUGAAGUACAUGUACAGCGAUGAGAUCGACCUGGAGGCGGACACGGUGCUGGCCACCCUGUACGCUGCCAAGAAGUACAUCGUCCCGGCGCUGGCCAAAGCCUGCGUCACCUUCCUGGAGACCAGCCUGGAGGCCAAGAACGCCUGCGUGCUGCUGUCCCAGAGCCGCCUGUUCGAGGAGCCCGAGCUGACGCAGCGCUGCUGGGAGGUGAUCGACGCCCAGGCCGAGCUGGCGCUGCGGUCCGAGGGCUUCUGCGAGAUCGACCUGCAGACGCUGGACAUCAUCCUGCGCAGGGAGACGCUCAACACCAAGGAGGUGGUGGUGUUCGAGGCGGUCAUGAACUGGGCGGCGGCGGAGUGCAAGAGGCAGGGAUUAGGGCCGACCACCCGCAACAAGAGAGAGGUGCUGGGCAAGGCGCUGUUUCUGGUUCGGAUCCCCACCAUGAGCCUGGAGGAGUUUGCCAACGGGGCGGCGCAGUCCGACAUCCUGACGCUGGAGGAAACGCACAACGUGUUCCUGUGGUACACGGCGGCUAAAAAGCCCCAGCUGGACUUCCCUCUGAGCGCCAGGAAGGGCCUGGCUCCUCAGAGGUGCCACCGCUUCCAGUCCUCGGCCUACCGGAGCAAUCAGUGGCGCUACCGCGGCCGCUGCGACAGCAUUCAGUUCGCGGUGGACAAGAGGAUCUUUAUCGCCGGUCUGGGGCUGUACGGGUCGAGCGGCGGCAAGGCCGAGUACAGCGUGAAAAUCGAGCUGAAGAGACAGGGGGUGAUCCUGGCGCAGAACCUCACUAAGUUUGUGUCGGACGGGUCGAGCAGUACGUUCCCGGUGUGGUUCGAGCACCCGGUCCAGGUGGAGCAGGACGCCUUCUACACGGUGAGCGCCGUGCUGGACGGCAACGAGCUGAGCUACUUCGGCCAGGAGGGCAUGACGGAGGUGCAGUGUGGGAAGGUGACGUUUCAGUUCCAGUGCUCGUCGGACAGCACCAACGGGACCGGAGUCCAGGGAGGACAGAUCCCAGAGCUGGUGUUCUACGCGUGAGCCGCAGACGGACGCUCCCUCCCAGCCUUCAACGUAAUGUAGCAUUAAAGACACUUGAGUAACGUCACACUAAAUGGCCUGGCUAGUUCUCUGAGAGACUCUUUUAAAAAGCUGCGGAGCUGUCGUUUUAUCUUAUUUAAUUUAAUGUUAUUUUUUUAUUUAAGAAGCUGAUUUAACGUUAUUUGCUCUGACGCUUGUGUUGGAGGGCUGCGGCUGCUGUAGGAACAACAUUAACAGUGAUCCGCGGUUAUGUAAUCACGCUGAGCUCCACAACUGGAACAAGUAGGGACUGCUUCAAAUCAUGUAACUGCAAGUCUGUCUAGGAUGUUGUUACUGUAGUCCAAAGCAGCAAUAUUACACCAGGAGCAAACUUUAUGUAGUGUUAUGAUUCUAAAUGCAAAAAAAACAAAAAAAAAAACAAGUAGAAAUCUGGUUGAGUUGUUUUGCACUUGAGAGGACGGCCUCAGAAACGUUGUGUCUUUUUGUAAAAUACAAUUUAACUGUCAACAGCUUGAUGCUGUUAGAGACCAGAUGUGUUCUGUACAAGAAUGCUUAUACACCUGACGAUGAAACAUAAAGGUUAUAAUGUGA